AUGAAUCCUGAAAAACUUGCCAAGCUUCAAGCACAAGUUCGGAUUGGUGGUAAAGGAACACCAAGACGUAAGGUUAAAAAGGUAUAUAAAACUGUUAAUAAUGAUGAUAAAAAACUACAGUCUACACUUAAGAAACUUAACGUUCAAGCAAUUCCAACAAUCGAAGAAGUAAAUAUGUUUAAAGAAGAUGGAUCCGUUAUCCAUUUUACUAAUCCAAAAGUUCAAGCAUCAGUUCAUUCAAAUACAUUUGUAAUUAAUGGUCAUGGUGAAGAAAAGGAUCUUACAGAAUUGGUACCAGGAAUUUUGAAUCAACUAGGACCGGACUCCCUUGCAUCGCUUCGUAAAUUGGCAGAAUCUUAUCAUCUCAAUUUAUCAUCUCAAGGUGCACAAGGUGAUAUUGUCGGUGGCAGUGGUAGUGGUGGCGCUACUGGUUCAGCAGAUGAUGAUGACAUUCCAGAAUUAGGAAAAGAAUUAAGAGGUGAAAUAGGAUAA